UCUCCAGAAAUCUUUCCAAUGCUCCAGAGGAUGCCGUUUUCAUCCAUUGUGGUGUUGGUGACAGAGAUUAUUGGAAAGAUAAACAAAAUGUCUUCAGAACAAAUCCACAGUUAAAACUGAAGUGUGUUCCUACCUUGAUGAAACUGGGAAAGCCAAAUAGACUUGAAGAAGGACAAUGUGCUAAUGACGAUUUGGUGAAAAUGCUGUUCUCUGACGAAGACUGAAAAUCCUUGCUCUUAAAUUCAAAACUAAUGCUUCUGUCAAAUGUCAAGUUAAUUAUAGUUGAAUGUGGAUAAAAUUUUGUUCAAUAUUAUGGAAUAUUUGUAUUCAUGCAAAGAUUUGUUUGGUGGAUAGCAUGAAUUCUAUGAAUACUAUCAAUGAUAUUUAACCAGAAAACAACAUUUCAUGAACUGUUUUCAGUAUAAAAGUGGAAUGUUUCUCUUUCAAUGAUUAGAAAUGAUUUGAUGUCCAUACAGUAUAACAGAACUAGGUAUGUCAAAAUAAUAAUCACAUGCCUGUGCAUUGUUUAAGCUGAAAUGCAUGUAAAGGUGUUUGUGUGUCACAGGAAGUGCAAUGUUCAUAAAUUAUUAAUUUGUUAAGGUUGAUUAAUGAUCCAAAGAUCAUAAAUAAUAAAUGACAUAAAAAGGCAAA